UUGAAAGCAAGAUGUCCGAAUUGCAGCAGCAGCAGAACAGCUACGAGCAAGAGUGCCAGCGGGCGGAGCUGCUGGGCCUGCAGGCGCCAGACAAGGACGAGUUUGAUCGUAGACUCCAAGCCCGCCUCGAGCAGGAGCAGGCCGACCACGAUGCAGCCGAGGCAGUGCUGUUGGAGCAACAAGGCGAAGCGCUUAGAGAUGUCGGCGGCAAGCUGGGCGAACUGAAUAGCAUUUUGUCCAGCACGCAGCAGAGACUGAACCGAUUUAAGCAGACGGCCUGCGGCAGCCUCAGCAACAUCUUUGCCCGACCCAGCUCCGGGUCCGUAGAUCUGUCUGCAGCAGCAGCAGGAGCAGCAGAGGGAGCAGCGUCCCAGGAAGAGCGUGCCCUCGUUCAAGAGCAGCCACGGCACCCACCCACAGCGGCCGAGGUCAGCGCCGCCAAGGCCGCCAAGCAGCAGCGCAUAGACUCGGAUCUGGACAAACUGGACGCGCUAAUCAACAAGGCGGAUAACGCCCACAUAGCCAUGAGCGAGCAGACGAAGCAGAUGCGGCGCUUGGCCAAGUGAGGUCUGGAAUCGAGGAAUCAAGGAAAUCAAGGACUCAAGGUUCGAAUGGGGUUGCUUUCUUUAUUAUGUACGAAAUUCGUUUUGGUCUAUAAUCAAUACAUCGGAUCUUCGGCUUAUCUCUCCCUCCGUCUGCUAGCCUUGAUCCUGGCCAGCCUUUGUCUUCUCUUUCUUUGGAUGAAUGAGUUUCUGUAUGAGUUUCGCUUAUAACUGAAGCUGAAGUUGAGAUUACCCAAAAGCGUUUUCAAUCACAUGCAGGCAGGCGGACAGUGCGGGUUGCGCUUCACAGCUCUCAUUCGGAUGGAUCUGCCCUCAAGCACGUUCGUCGCCCGCUUCUAAUCCUCGUUCAUAUCCUGCAUCGUUUACCUCUACUACUCGCAUUAUACCAUAUUCAAAGUUUACAGAAGUUUUUUGUCGAUAUAAAAGUUGAAUCUCUUUGUAAAAUAUAGGAAAAAUAGAAUUAAUUUUAUAAAGUAUAUUCCAAAUAUAUUCAACAAUCGUUUCAGUUUUUAUCCAUUCAGAUACUAUUUGUGACGUGCAAUUUUGUUUAUCAUUUUU